UCUCGCUCUCUCUUUUGCUCACUAUUCUCUCUGAAUAGGAGGAGAGGCAAGAUUCGGGAGAGGUCCGCCAUUAUUGGGAAGCUGGGGAAAAAAAUACACUUACAGUAUACACCGUCACAUAUUCGGGCAGCGUGUAAAUUGAUACUGUCAAACGAAACAAUUUACUAGUUGCUUUGAGAUUCAGAGCACUCGCUCGCGAUGUCGGACUGAUACUGGAAUCCAGUCAGGGCAGCGCUGUGUUUUGGACACAACAAAGGAAAUAAUAAUUGGACUAAACAACGUGGUGAACCAAGGGAAGACACAGCGAAACAAGCCUAUCCAACGCCCCCUCUUCCCUUUCAAGAAAAUAUAGCGGACGAGAGGUUGAAUUAGUAGUCUAGGCUACAGAAUCUUUGUCGUUCUAAUUUGGUUGUUUUUGUCUCCUCGAGGUCAGGACCAGGAACAGGAAUGCUUACAGUCCUGAAAACUUCACACCAGUGAAAAUGAAGACUUGAUUUUAAAGGACACAAUAAGUACUAUACGCGUUGACCUAAAGGGAAUCGACAUGUAUGUGACUGUUGCACGUUUUCUUCCUUCUUUUUAUUGAUAAAAUCCUUGCGCCGGUUGAAGAAUCUAGUCGGCGAAACACUGAGACCAUAACAGAGAAAGGAGUGAACGGGAGAGAGGAAAGCUAUGGUCCAGACCCAGUCCUUGCAGUAAGCCCAGUGCAUGGAAACAGCACCACCUCCCUUAGCCUCGCUCCUUAGUGCCCCUGGGCAUGGCAGGAUGAUUAUCUGCCUGCCAUAACCAUGGCCAAGAAACAAGAUGCCCGGUCGCCCAUCUACAACCUGGUGGUGGUGGGUCUCUCCGGCACGGAGCGGGAGAAGGGCCAGUGUGGCGUGGGCAAGUCCUGCCUCUGCAACCGCUACGUCCGGCCCAGCGCCGACGAGUUCCACAAGGAGCACACCUCCGUCCUGAGCACCAGUGAUUUCGGGGGUCGUGUGGUGAACAAUGACCACUUCCUGUUCUGGGGGGAAGCGGGGCGGACCCUGGAGGAAGGGCCGGAGUGCCGGAUGCACGUGGUGGAGCAGACAGAGUUCAUAGACGACCAGACGUUCCAGCCACACCGGAGCACCGCGCUGCAGCCCUACAUCAAGAGGGCGGCGUCGACCAAACUCGCGUCAGCCGAGAAGCUGAUGUACGUGUGCACAGACCAGCUGGGUCUGGAGCAGGACUUUGAGCAGAAGCAGAUGCCGGAGGGGAAGCUGCAGGUGGACGGCUUCCUGCUCUGCGUGGACGUCAGCCGGGGGAUGAACCGCAGCUUCGAGGACCAGAUGAAAUUUGUGACCAAUCUCUACAACCAGCUGGCCAAGACCAAGAAACCAGUGGUGUUGGCUCUCACCAAGUGCGACGAAGGGGUGGAGCGCUACAUCAAGGACUCGCAUGCAUUCGCCCUGGCGAAGAAGAACCUGCAGGUGGUGGAGACGUCCGCGUGCUCUAACAUCAAUGUGGACCUGGCCUUCGUGACUCUGGUCCAGCUCAUCGAUAAGGGCAGGGGAAAGCCCAGGAUCAUUCCCUACUAUGAGGCUCUGAAGCAACAGAGUCAGCAGAUUGCCUCGGCUAAGGACCGCUACGAGUGGCAGGUCAGCCGGAUCGUCAAGAACCACAACGAUACCUGGCUCGCCACCAACCAGAGAAUGCAGACGUCGCCAGAGUACAAGGAGUACGUGUUUCUGAAAGGAACUUUGAAGGCGAAGGAACUCUUCCAGCAGCACGUCCAGAGACUCAAAUUCGAGCACAUCGACAGGAGGAAGAAGAUUUAUCUGAGUAAGCUCCCUCAUGCCCUGAACUCACUGGUCCCUGAGCUGGACGAGGUCAACCACCUCAGCUGGUCAGGUGUCCAGAAGGUUCUGGAAACCAAAAGGGAUUUUGGCCAUCUGUUUGUGGUGCUGGAUAGAACGCCCUGGGACAAAACGGCGCACAUCGACAACAUGGAGGAUGACAGGAUACCCCAGGACCUCCUGGAUACGAUCGAAGCAGAGGUGGUUUACGGCGAGCACCUGGAGCGCCUGCGGAAGGAGCGCAAACGCAACGAGAUGAGGUGCGAGUUCAAGGAGAGGCUGGCCGCCUCUCCCUUCAUCACGGCGGGGAAGCCGUGGGAGGAGGCGAGGAGCUUCAUCAUGAACGAGGAGUUCUACCAGUGGCUGGAUGAGUCAGAGUACCUGGAGAUCUACAACAAGCACCAGAAGGAGGUCAUCGAGCAGUGCAAAGAGGACUUCCAGGAACUCCUUCUGGAAUAUUCCGAGCUCUUCUACGAGCUGGAGGUAGACGCCAAGCCCAGUAAGGAGAAGAUGGGCGCCAUCCAGGAGGCGUUGGGAGAUGAGCCCAGGUUCAAAGCCCUGCAGAAGCUGCAGGCCGAGAGGGACGCUCUGGUGUUGAAGCAUAUCCACUUUGUCUACCACCCCACCAAGGAGACCUGCCCCAGCAGUCCCCACUGUGUGGACGGGAAGAUCGAGCAGAUCCUGGCCUCGCGCUUCCCCACCCGCUACUCCUCCACCUCCGACAGCCAGCGGGCGGCGGAGGGCAAGGCCGACCGCAUCAACGUGGUCAUCCUGGGAAGGGACGGCUUGGCUCGAGAGAUGGCCAAGGAAAUCCGGGCGCUUUGCACCAGUGACGACCGCUAUGUCCUGGAAGGGAGGACGUACGAGUUGACCCUUCGGCCGAUAGAGGGCAACGUACGUCUGCCUGUCAACUCGUUCCACACGCCCACCUUCACACCCCACGGCUGCCUCUGUCUGUACAACUCAAAGGAGUCCCUGUCGUAUGUGGUGGAGAGCCUGGAGAAGCUGAGGGAGGCCACCCUGGGCAGGAGGGAGCGGGAGAACAGUCUGGCCCACCUCCCGCUCUCCCUCCUCCUGGUCACUAAGCGGGGUGUUGGGUCCAUCGGGGACAUCGGAGGGGAGACGACCCAGACGCUGAUCCAGCAGGGGCAGCAGGUGGCUGGGAAGCUGCAGUGCUCCUACCUGGAACCCUCCAGCCCUGGCCUGAGCUUCGGGCGCAACAUCAGCGAGAAGCAGAUCAACCAGAUGCUGAAGGGCCUCCUGGACUCCCGCAAGAGCAUGGGGAGCAGCUCUCCUCCCUUACCCCCUCCAUCCCCGCUAGGCUUACGGGACUCCCAGCCUCACCCCCAGCAGGGGGGCUCAGAGGCCGACCUGAGGAUCGUCAUGUGUCUGAUGUGCGGGGACUCCUACGACGUGGAGCAGCUCCUGUCUCCCCUCCUCCUCCCCCAGCACUGCCGCCCGGCCUCCAACCUCAGCAGCGGCACCUCGGUGCUCCUGGACCUGAGCGUGGGAGGCCAGAGGCAGAGCAUCGACCUCUCCCUCCUCUCCUUCCACUCCUCCUUCUCCCUCCGCAAGAGCCAGCUGGUCCACGGGUACAUCGCCGCCUACUCCGCCCGCCGCAAGGCCUCCAUGGAGACUCUGUGUGCCUUCCUGUGCGAGAUCCAGGACAUCAUCCCCAUCCAGCUGCUGGCGGUGGGGGAGAGCCAGGUGGAGCUGACGGAGUCGGAGGCCGCCAGGGAGCAGGUGAGCCAGGGGGAGGAGCUGGCUCGCGAGAUCGAGGCGAGGUUCAACACGGUGGUGUGUGGACCCGGAGGGGUGGUGGGGGGGCUGCACAAGAUGGACCUGUUCCAGUCCUUCCUCAAGGAGGUGGUGGAGAAGCGGACGAUCGUGGAGGCCACGCACAUGUACGACAACGUGGCGGAGCUGUGCACUAAUGAGAGCGUGAGCCCACACAGGUGUGCAUCACCGAGUCCCGUCAACACGCUGCUGGACUCCGAGGACGACAUCGAGCCCUCGCCGCCCUACGCCACGCUUAUGAAUGACGGAUCCCUUCCCUCACUUUUCGGCAAACUGGAUCUUGAAACAAGUGACCGCUUCUCGGUCAUCUCGGAGAUCAGCACCUUCGAGAGCAAGCUCAACAACAAGGUGCCCCCUCAGGUGAAGCCUAAGCCCGUCCGCAAGGUGAACCUGGGCCCUUACAUGGAGCAGCAGCAGGGAGGCACCACACGCCGCUCUCUCCCCCAGACGGUGAGCUGGGCCCCGGGCAGCGAUGGUGGCUAUGACCCCUCCGACUACGCGGAGCCUGUGGACGCCGUCUCCAAGCCCCGGCCCACGGAGGAGGAGAACAUCUACUCGGUCCCCCACGACAGCACGCAGGGCAAGAUCAUCACCAUCCGCAACGCCAAUGGCGGCGGCGUUACCGGGGGCAACGGGUCCGACAGCGAAGCGGACAGCAGCUCCCUGGAGCGGAGGAGAAAACUAUCGAUAGGGAUGAAGCCUCAGCUGUACCGGGACCGAUCCAAACGUCUGGGCAAGUUCAGCAGCUUCAGAACCAGCUUCUCCAUUGGCAGCGACGACGAGAUGGGAGGGCCCCCCAAAGCAAAUCAGGAUGAAGUGGGCGGGGCUAACAAAGGCGACAGCUCUGUCAACGAAGAAGGCGAGGAUUCUAAAAGGAAGAAUAUACUGAGGAGCUUGCGUAGGACACCCAAGAAACCACGUGCCAAGCCCCGCCAUUCCCUCUCCAAGCCUGAAAGUAACUACUUUGGCGUGCCAUUGGUCAACGUGGUCACCCCAGAACGUCCAAUCCCGGUCUUCAUAGACAAGUGUAUCCGUUACAUUGAGACCACAGGGCUGACUACUGAGGGUAUCUACAGGGUCAGUGGGAACAAGGCUGAGAUGGAGAGCAUGCAGCGCCAGUUUGACCAGGACCAUAAUCUGGACCUGGUUGAGAAGGACUUCACCAUCAACACGGUUGCAGGAGCCAUGAAGAGCUUCUUCUCGGAGCUGCCCGAUCCUCUGGUGCCCUACAGCAUGCAGGUGGAACUGGUGGAGGCCUUCAAGAUCGGUGACAGGGAGCAGAGGUACUUCACCAUGAAGGAAGUUCUCCGCAGGUUCCCCAGGGAGAACUAUGACGUCUUCAAAUACGUCAUCAGCCACUUGAGCAAGGUGAGCCAGAACAACCGUCUCAACCUGAUGACCAGUGAGAACCUGUCCAUCUGCUUCUGGCCCACGCUGAUGCGUCCCGACUUCACCACCAUGGACGCCCUGACGGCCACGCGCACCUACCAGACAAUCAUAGAGAACUUCAUCCACCAGUGUGCUUUCUUCUUCUACAACCAGCCGCUGGCCGACGCCCCGGGAGGACUCCCCGCCUCCCCCACCUCCACCCUCUCCUCCGCCGGAGGCUCUGCCUACUCCAUGGGGAGCUCCGCCUACUCUAUGGGAAGCUCCGCCUACUCACUGGGAAGCUCCGCCUACUCCAUGGGGAGCUCCGCCUACUCGUCCUCGCCGUCUCCGACGCCGUACGUCAUGCCGGCCACGCCCCCGGUGAUCCCGCACUACGGCCGGCCCCUGAUCCACCGCUCCCCAUCCCACUCGCCGCCGACCACCCCCCACGCCCCCCUCCCCUCCCUGCUGCCCCCCCUCCACCCCCACGGAACGACGCACGCUGUGAACGAGGGGUGAAGGGAAAGAGAGAUAUAGAGAGGGGAGGGGCGGGUGGGACAGAGAGAAAGAGAGAUGGAAAUAAAGAUGGAUUGGGAUUGAGGAGAGAGCAGAAAGAAAAGAGGUUGAUAUUAUGAAAAAGGAGAGCAAGGAGGAAAGGGAGAGAAGGUGAGGGAGCGGGAGGGAGGGAGUCGAGAGGGAGUGAUGCAGUAUGUACAGGGAGGGAGAAACUUAAGUCUUUGGGAGAAGGGGUUUUAUUAGCCUCUGUUGCAUUUAAUUUUAAUUUGGAAAAAACACACACACAGGAGGGGCCAGGAUAGAUCAUAGUAUGAGCCACUAUGUAACAUGGGUCCUUAUUUACCUCUUAACCCCCUCCUUAUCAGCCCCUUCUCACAUUAGGGUAACACACACACACCGCUUUCCCUUUGUGUAGCCAGCCUGUCAGCAUAGGACUGUGACAGGAGGCGUAACACUCUUAUGCUUCCCCCUGGAAA